CAGCAAGUGCUCCAAUCCGCUUCGACUCCUCCCCAUUUAACGAUCUAGAGGCAGCUUGAGGACUCGUGCACGUCCGAUCAUAAUGGAGGGUCUUUUUUUCAACGUCAAAAGCGGCUACAUUGAGGGCAUUGCCCGAGGGUAUCGGAACAGCCUUCUGACUAGCCAACACUACUCCAACUUGACUCAAUGCGAAUCGAUCGAUGAUGUCAAGCUCCAGCUCGCCCCCGCAUAUGGCGACUUCCUCGCCGCUCUCCCCCCGAACCCAUCGACCUCCGCCCUGGCAGGCAAGAUGACCGACAAGCUGGUUGCUGAAUUCCGCUAUCUCCUCGCGCAGGCCACGGGGUCGACGGAAAAGUUCCUGCGGUACCUGACCUACGGGUACAUGAUCGACAACAUCGCCCUGCUCAUUACCGGUACCCUGCACGAACGAGACACCCGCGAGCUCCUGGAACGGUGCCAUCCGCUGGGCUGGUUCGAGACCCUGCCCGUCCUCUGCGUCGCCACCAACAUCGAAGAGCUGUACAACUCCGUCCUGAUCGAAACGCCCCUGGCCGGGUACUUCAAGGGGAGUCUGAGCCACCAGGAUCUAGACGAGCUCAACAUCGAGAUCGUGCGCAACACCCUCUACAAGAACUACCUGGAGGACUUCCACCAGUUCGUCACCACACACCCCGACUUCAAGGGUACUCCGACCCAGGAGGUCAUGUCGGAGAUCCUGCAGUUCGAGGCCGAUCGGCGGGCCAUCAACAUCACACUCAACUCGUUCGGCACGGAGCUGUCGAAGCAGGAGCGGAGGAAGCUGUACCCGGAGUUCGGUAAGCUCUGGCCGGAAGGGUCACUGAUGCUUUCGCGGGCGGAUGACAUCGAGUCCGUCGCCCUCGCCGUGAGCAUCUCCGCCGAUUACAAGGCGUUCUUCGAUGCGGUCGGCCUGACGCAGGGCGGAGGCGGCCUGGGUGGCAUGGGCGGCGCCUCGGACGGGAAGAGCUUGGAGGAUCUGUUCUACCAGAAGGAGAUGGAGAUGUGCAAGGUUGUCUUCACGCGGCAGUUCACGCCUGCGGUGGUAUAUGGGUGGAUGAGACUGAAGGAGCAGGAAAUCCGAAACGUCACCUGGAUCGCCGAGUGUAUUGCGCAAAAUCAGAAAGAGAGGAUCGGGAACUUUAUCUCUGUUUUCUAGAUACCAUGUUUCUUCCUUUUACUUUUUAGCCGUCUUGUUUAAAGCCUCCCUACAUUGAUCUAUCCUCUGGGUUUCCUUUCCCUCCUUCUCUUCUCCCCUUUCGUUCAACUCGCGCCCGCCCAAAAUACACUCCAUGCUCCUUUCGCGAUGGCUCGUGUGUCAUUAACCUUCUAUCCCCUGUAUCCUAUGCACGAAGUGAGGCAUCUCCUCUUUUGUCUUUGCUUUCUCGCCGCUGCUAUCGCUAGUCAAAUGGGCGAACUCGGACCUAUGCAGCAUCUUUCAUUCGUCGAAUCUCUCUCGUCUCCUGGGAUAUCAUGCAGCGUGCGGAUUGUAGGGUUCAUGUAUCGUACGCCAGGUCAAAUAUCUCUCAUAGGAAAGUCUGCGUGGCAUGUCUGCGCGGUAGGUAUUUAUGCGCAAGCAGAUAUACGUCGAUUCCAUGCUUGUAA